UUUGGGCUGAAAGGGAAAACGAAUCGGUGAUGCUGCGCUCGACUGGUUUGGGCUGAAAGGGAAAACGAAUCGAGCAGGAAGCGAUGAUCGAUCAGCAGCAUGGAAACCUGGAAACGUGUGAGGCGACGCAGGAAAUCUCCACAAAACAGAUUCAACCCCCACUACGAGUUUGAGUCACAACAACGAGCCAACCAACACAGCUGCUGCCGUUCAGGAGAACUUGUUCUCAGAGCUACAACCUUCCUUCGUCCAACCUGAGUCUCCCCGUAAGCACAUGGAGCCACAAGUCUGUCUCAAGAGAAAGAGGGAAUCUUCCCCAACACCAGAGAGCAGUAAAAGAGUGAAAGAGACAGAUGGUAACAGAGUUCCAGAGUCUGAGCACCGUUCCGGUUCCCGACCCCCGCGGCUCUCUCUGCCGUUUGACCGUCUCCAGGAACCGGUCACGUUGAAAGAUCUGACGGAACUGCUUCAGUUUGCCGCUCUGGGGAACACCGGUGGGCUGAAACAACCCAGUUGGUGUCGCCUCCACCACCAGAAGAAUGUGUCAGGGGUGAACGUGAUCCUUCUAGAAGGACUGAGCCAGGCCCACUUCUACAGACACUACCUGCACUUUAAACACCUCCGCACCAAGUACACCUCUAGACACAGUUAUACUCCAUCGCCUGGCAACAUGGUUUCUGAAAUAUUUAGCAGUGAAGUUGUCAACAACAGUCCUACCGAUGCGUUAGGAGACCAGAAGAGCUCAGCCAGCCCUGCCUGA